GUUCCUGCCAUAUCAACAUUGGCAAACCCGCUGCUCAAAUGACGCAGUUCCGGUUGAUGGUAAUGGUACUUUUAAUCCACAGGAGGCGCUGUUUUCAAGUCUUUUUGGAUUCAUUUAUUAUUAAACGCGAAGUUAUCGGUAGUAAUAAAAAGGAUAAUAAAAUUGAGUCAACUGAAACCCAUUUUAGUGAAAGCUAUUCCUAAUGUUAGGAAAAUUCUCAUAUGCUCACUGCUGUACUUCCAUAUAUGCAAGUAAAUUACACUUUUAAACACUUGUAAAAUAACAAACAGUGAACAGUUAAAACUGUUUUGCUGAAAAGCUGAGCGUAUUACUUUAACCGAAAGUGUUUACCUCAUAAACGAACCAGACAAAUUGAAAUAGCGUUGCACAGACAGAGUGCAUAUCACAUUUCUCAAACAACGGUUCUCAUCAUUUCCUGCACUACCUCCUCCUCCCAGCCAAAAGUCAUGGGACAAACAAUUCAGCGCACACUCCACUGAAAGCUAACUUACGCAAACUCAGAGCAUGGAUAUGUGAAAGGUAACCUUGGCAACGCAAGCGUCACUUACCCAGAAAAGGUGAGGGGGCUGUCAGAGGGAAAUGACUGCCAACAAGAGCUCCAAAACUGCACCGAGAGCAGGAGCGGCUAAAGAUCCACAGGAAAGCUCAGACAGGUGUCAGUCUGUGUCCUUACCUCCAAUUCUUACCACUGGAAAAGAGCCAGGUUCGUCUCAUCUCACUGGCAGUGAGGACACCAGUCAGCCAGGAAGGUACGCUAAAGCUGAUGCUAAACUCUGGACCCAAAAGAACUGGAGCUGUAAGACUGCCAGCUUGAGAAGUGGCGCCUCUCUCCCCACUGACUUUGAAUGUCAAAGCAGGUUCACCAAAUCUAGGAGCAUUAGCUGUCUGGACAAGAGGCUCGCCAUCCAUAAGCCAUCAAGCAGCGAUAACCAGGAUCAGAAGGAGAACCAGCCACAACAGACCCCCCCUGUGGGGGAUGGAUUGAAUACUGGACCCCUCAGCUGGAGUACUCUUUCAGUAGGACCUACCACCAAGUUUGGGCACAAGCGCACACUCUCACUUAGUUGUACUGGGACCUACCCCUCCUCCGUCGCCAUACGCAAAAAGAUCUCGGAAUGGGAGGGUCGGAAGGCGGCUCUGCCUAGGAUGAGCCUUUGCCUGGAGAAGAGGCCUGGAGGUGGGAGUGAGGGUUGCCCAAGUCUGCUGUCCUCACCCUGCAGCGAGAAGACCUUUGACUUUAAGGGUGUGAGGAGGAUGAGCACAGCAUUUUCUGAGUGCUCUUACCCUGAGACUGAGGAAGAUGAGCAUGUAUCGGAUCGAGAAGCUCCUGUAAGGUUCCAGAAAAGGCCUUCAAAGACAGAGUCCUCAGCGAUUUUCCUCCGCACGCUGUCGGCACGCAAGGAGACCUCCGCCGUGCUCAGCCGCAUUAAAAAAAUUGAACAGGUAUUAAAGGAAAGUCCCUCUUCGUCCCCACCACAGUAUCUUAGCAAUUGCUACGGCCUUGACAAGUCCAGACAGAAGUCUUUCACUAUCAGUGGGAUCGAGGACUUGGACAGCACUUGUGGCAGCAAGCGGAGCAGCAUCUGUUCUGUGGCCACAGAACCUGAAGCUUCUCCAGGCUCUGAUAGACUUUCUAAGCUCAAGCAGAGAUUCAGCAUCAGCUCUACCAGAUCGGAGAGCCCAGAACUCCCUACUGCACAGGACUCUUCAGGAAUUACAGUGAACCCUUUGCCCAAACCCAAACGAACAUUUGAGUAUGAUGCCAACCGGAAUCACCGAGGCUUGUUGCCUGGUAAUGGACUACCUCCUACCACUGAAUCUCCACCUCCACUUCCUUCCACCCCAGCACCUGCUAUAAUGAGAAAUUCCAAGACGGAUGAAAGCUUGCCUAAGAAGACUCAAGAUAGAGAAUCGUGUGAGUCAGAAGAUGCUGUCAGUGUGCCUUCCUCAUACCCCUCCUUACCCACAGAGAAUGGCACAGAGAACCACAGUCGGAUCAGCUCCAAGAGCACACUCGAGGAGAAUGCAUACGAGGACAUAGUGGAGAAAGAGAAUCCAUAUGAGGAUGUUGAUCCAUUGAGGAGAUGUCUGGCCAGAAAUUCCCGCCUGUUACCCGAGAGGUCUCGGGACUCACUCAACAGACUAUGGACCUCCCAGGACAGGAAGUCCAUUACAUCUCCCCAGCUGCCCUCUAAACCUAGUAGUCAGUCUCUGCGGCUGCCAGUUCCUGCUGACAGGAAGAGCCAGCGCCCAUCCCGCUUGUCUAAGAGGCACAGCCAUGAUGACAUGCUGCUGCUGCCUCAGCUGGGCAUGCCUUCCUCCCCCUGUGGCCUAUUAGAUGACAGCCUGAACCCCACCACUGAUACCUUGGCCUCCCACAGGCUGAAACGAGUCCCCAAGGUGGUGCAAAGAAUAAACUCUAUCUACUGUACAAAAAGAGGCAAGAAGAGACUAAAGAAGCUUUCACUUUCAAACAUAGAAACUGCGUCUCUAAGAGAUGACAACAGUGAGAGUGAAAGUGACUCUGAUGACAGGUUCAAAGCCCACACUCAGAGGUUACUGAAGCUACAGUCUAUGCUGCGAAGUGCACCCAGUUACAGGACGCUGGAGCUGCAGCUGAUCGAAUGGCAGGAAAGGGAGCUCUUUGAGUACUUUGUGGUGGUCUCCCUGAAGAAAAAGACCACCAAAAACUCAUAUACUCCUGAAGUGACCUACCAGUUCCCCAAGUUAGAGAGACUCACCAAGCAGAUGAGGGAAGCUGAACAGAGACUCAAGGCUAUCCCACAAUUCUGCUUCCCAGAUGCCAAAGACUGGAGCCCUGUGUCUGAAUACAACAGCGAGACCUUCUCUUUUAUGCUCACCGGAGAAGAUGGCAGUAGACGCUUUGGGUAUUGCAGACGGCUUCUGCCGAGUGGGAAAGGGCCUCGCCUUCCUGAAGUGUAUUGUGUCAUCAGUCGACUGGGCUGUUUCAACCUGUUUUCCAAGAUCCUUGAUGAAGUAGAGAGGAGGAGAGGGAUCUCGGCUGCCUUGGUAUAUCCUUUCAUGAGGAGUGUGAUGGAAUCUCCGUUCCCAGCACCAGGCAAAACCAUAAAAGUCAAAACCUUCCUGCCUGGAGCAGGAAAUGAGGUGAUUGAGUUACGGAGACCCAUGGACUCCAGACUAGAGCAUGUGGACUUUGAAAGUCUGUUCAACUGCCUGAGUGUACGACAGGUGGUACGUGUUUUUGCCUCUCUGUUGCUGGAACGAAGGGUCAUCUUUGUGGCUGACAAGCUGAGUACUCUUUCCAGCUGUGUUCAUGCGGUGGUGGCUUUGCUCUACCCAUUCUCCUGGCAGCACACCUUCAUCCCUGUGUUACCCACCUCCAUGGUGGACAUUGUCUGCUGUCCCACACCUUUCCUAGUGGGUAUUCUGUCCAGCUCACUGCCAAAGCUCAAGGAACUACCCGUUGAGGAGGCUUUAAUGGUCGAUCUUGGAACAGACCGCUUCAUCAGACAGAUGGAUGACGAGGCCUCUCUAUUACCACGCAAACUGCAAGCUGCUCUGGAGCAAUCUCUCGAACAGAGAAACGACAUCAUCAAUCAAGACUCCGACAGCGAAUCAGAUGAAGAGUGCACCGCCUCUUUGAACAGUGUGGUGUCAGAGGCCUUCAUCCGCUUUUUCCUGGAGACCAUUGGCCACUAUCCCCUGUUUCUUACCCAGGGCGAAAGAGGGGAGCGCAUCUUCCAGCGCGAAGCCUUCCGCAAGUCGGUGGCUUCUAAGAGCAUCCGCAGAUUCCUGGGUGUCUUCAUGGAGUCUCAGAUGUUUGCUGGAUUCAUCCAGGAUAAGGAGAUGAGGAAGUAUAGGGCUAAAGGUCUAUUUGAGCAGAGAGUGGAACAGUAUCUGGAGGAGUUACCAGACACUGAACAGAGUGGAGUCAACAAAUUUCUGAAGGGUUUAGGAAAUAAAAUGAAGUUCCUUCAUAAAAAGAACUAAAGAACACUUUACAGUAAAACCAAAAACUGUGGACAUUUUCUACAAAUGCUACAUCUGAAGACCUAAUAUGGCUUAGUCACGUAUGUCCAUGUCUAUUGCGUUGACUCUGACGUUCAUGUUUUUGUACAUAUUUAUGGAAGCCGUGCUGUUAAUCUCACAUGUAGCUCUGUUGUUACCUUUCCUGGUACUUGUAUAUGAUACUAGAGAAAUAAUAGGAUGGUACUGAGAGUAUGAAUGGUUAUAUUGCAGUAUAACCUCCACCCUUAGAGAUAGCUGUGCUAAGCUGGAUGAGAUGUAUGAAUGGAAACUUGACAGGUGGAUGUACAGUGGUUGUGUAGUAUUUAACGCUAGAUUUUCUCCAUGAAUUGUAUUUUGUACAUUUAUUAACACAUGAAGAGUAUAAUUACCUUAUUUACAGUGUUUAAUAAAAAAAAAAUCAAUAAAGCUUUUUCUGUUAAUUUCUCA